AUGAUUGCCUCUGCAAUUCUUCUUGUUUCCCUUUUGGUGAUGGUGUCCACUCAAGAGGAUCAAGAACAUCCAAAUAUUGAUCCCAAACCUCGUGAAGAUAAAAAAGCCGAUGGUUUGAUCCGUUCCAAGAGAAGCUUUUGCUGUGAUAUUUGCAUGUGUGGUACGUGUGAAUACUCGGAAGGAUAUAUGGAUUCGUGGUGUUGCAGUGACCAUUAUGUGCAUGUGUGC